AUGGCGUUCAUCUUCACGUGUGGAACGCAUACCUUCCAAUCCCUCCUCAAAGGCGCCGAACACAUCACGGCCCAAUGUCAGAAUUGCGGAAAUUGGUCGGGCAAGGUCAUCAAGAAGUGGGAGUGGUUUACGUUCUGCUUCAUCCCUCUGAUUCCCUUUAGCCUCAAACCGUGGCACGCCGUGAGCUGUCACAUAUGCCGAUUCUCGCAAGACAUCAAGUACCGGCCGGAUGUACAGCAGCAGAUAGACGCGGGAGGAGCCGGAGGAGGAGGGCCGCAGAACAUACCACUGGAACAGAACCAUCAAGGACAAGGUCCACCGCAAGGGUGGAACGCGCCGCCGCCGCAGCAGGGAUAUAAACCGCCCCAAGGCCAGUACGUGUAG